AUGUACCUGACCAGCCUCAGUGGAAAUGCCAUCAUUGCAGUUAUUGUCCAGAUCAACCACUCUCUCCACACCCCCAUGUACUUUUUCCUGGCUAACUUGGCAGUUCUGGAAAUCUUCUAUACAUCUUCCAUCACCCCACUGGCCUUGGCAAACCUUCUUUCAAUGGGCAAAACUCCUGUUGCUAUCACUGGAUGUGGCACCCAAAUGUUUUUCUUUGUCUUCUUGGGUGGGGUUGAUUGUGUCUUGCUUGCAGUCAUGGCUUAUGACCAGUUUAUAGCAAUCUGCUACCCUCUACGAUACACCCUCAUCAUGAGCUGGCCCUUGUGUGUGGAGUUGACGGUAGGAUCCCUGGUACUGGGGUUCCUGCUGUCACUACCACUGACUAUUUUAAUCUUCCAUCUCCCAUUCUGCAACAACAGCAAAAUCUACCACUUCUACUGUGACAUGCCUGCCGUCAUGCGCCUGGCUUGUGCAGACAUGCACGUUCACCAAACUGCUCUGUAUGUCAUCAGCUUCAUCGUCCUAAGCAUCCCCCUCUCAGUAAUCUCCAUCUCCUACGUCUUCAUCGUGGAAGCCAUUUUACAGAUCCAGUAA